AUGAUCGACGAGGAGAAGAACCAGGUGCCGGUUGUGGGAGUUGUGACUGAUUCAUCUAGCGAAGAGAUUCCCGCACGAUCGCAACCCGAGUCUAAGACAGGAUUUUUGGGCAAGUUGCGAGGUUACGAGGACGCUCUUGAUCGAAAGCUCGGAGUCGAAGGACAUAGUAUCCAACGCAGAUUGCCAAAUGAGAGGAACCCGUUUUAUGCCGGAUGGUCGGGCCAACUGUCUAUGUUUGGUUUCUGGGUUGGCGGCUGUAUGAACCUUAGCUCUUUCGCAACAGGUUUCUUAGGCUGGGAGUUAGGCCUAGAUCUACGACAGAGCAUCUUGAUCAUCGUAUUCGGUUCAAUCGCGGGCGCCGCAGUAACUGGAUGGUGUGCAACGAUGGGAGCGCCGACAGGCCUUCGUCAAGUUUCGAUCUGUCGAUAUUCCCUCGGUUGGUAUCCUGCUAAGGCUAUCGCCAUACUCAAUGUCAUCCAGGAGAUAGGAUGGUGCGCCUCCGGUUCGAUCACAGGCGGACAAGCGCUCUCGGCCUUUUCGGACGGCAAAGUCGGGACUGCUGUCGGUGUCGUGAUUUGCAGUGUGGCGAGCCUGGUAUUCUCUUUCUUCGGCUUGACAGCAUGCUAUCGAUUUAUGAAGUACACCUGGUUCGUCUUCAUGACCAUCUUCUUGGUCAUACUUGGAGAAACCGUCAGAUUCGGUGACCUCUCUACCCCACCAUCCGUUACUGGUCCUACAGGUUCUGGAGCAGCACUAUCAUUCUUUUGCGUCAUGUAUGGCUGUAGUGCUUGCUGUGCGGGCUAUGUCUCAGACUUUUAUGUCGAAUACCCAGCCACCAUUCCGAAGAUAAAUGUAUUCCUAAUCACUUUCCUGGGUCUUCUCAUUCCUACUAGCCUCUGUGCUAUUAUAGGAGCUGUGGUCGCUUCAGCUUUACCCCACAACGAGGUAUGGGACGCACAGUAUAAUAGAGGAAUUGGGUUUCUGAUCCAGGCCAUGGUAUACCCUAGUGGGCUGGCGAAGCUGAUGCUGUUUCUGCUGAUGUUUACGGCCAUCGGAUUGAAUUGCGCAUCAAUGUAUAGUGCAAGCCUUUCAAUCCAACUGUCCACGAGAAAGCUGGCGGUUGUACCGAGGUUUGUUUGGACAUUGGUCUGCUUUGCUGCGGUUGUCGCCUUGAGCUUGGCUGGCAGUGAUCGGCUCUUGGUAUUUCUCCAAGACUUCCUCAGUUUAUUGGGUUACUAUGCAACCGCUGUUUUCGUCUGUUUGGUCACAGAACAUUACGCGUUCCGCGGUGGUUCAUUCGACAAUUACAUUUUGGAAGCUUGGGAUAAUCCUGAGAUGUUACCAGUUGGAUGGGCUGGAGGUCCUGCUUUGUUUUGUGGAAUAGUUGGAGCUAUUCUGGGAAUGGCGACGACCUGGUAUACUGGUGUUAUUGCCAAGCUAAUCGGUGACUCGGGUGGUGAUAUCGGGAACGAGCUUAGUCUCUUCUUCACCCUUGUUGUCUAUGUACCGGCUCGAUUUGCAGAGAGGAAGCUUUUGGGAAGAUGA